AUGGUAUCAGUUGCAGCCAGUUUCCUACUCACAUUCUUGUCAAUGCUUCUACUUAUGCUUGCUAGCAGCAGUAAUGGAGCAAGAAGAGAGGCUGGGGCAGAACAAUAUUGGAGAAAUGUAAAAGACAACACUAUGCCCCAAGCCCUAGAAGGCCUUCUUCCUCGUGGCACCAUGUCGGUGCCACCUCUAGUACCUGAAGGGGAAAGAGGAACCGACGAUUGUCACACUGAAAAAAGUUAUGGCAUCUCAGACAAGUUUGAGCCGAGGCCCAAUGUAUCUGCGUAUCCUGGUGACAAAAAUGAUGAAACACAAAGAAAGAAACAAUUUGUUGACGACUUUAAUCCGCGUCCAAAUGUGUCAUCAUAUCCUGGAGACAAAAAAGAGGAAGCGCAAGGGAAGAAGUCAUUUGUUGAGGACUUUGAACCAAGACCAAAUGUGUCUUCAUAUCCCGGAGACAAAAAAGAGGAAUGGCAAGGGAAGAAGUCGUUUGUUGAGGACUUUGAACCAAGACCAAACGUGUCUUCAUAUCCCGGAGACAAAGAAGAGGAAAGGCAAGGGAAGACGUCGUUUGCUGAGGACUUUGAACCAAGACCAAACGUGUCUUCAUAUCCCGGAGACAAAAAAGAUGAAUCGCGAGGGAAGAAGUCGUUUGCUGAGGACUUUGAACCAAGACCAAACGUGUCUUCAUAUCCCGGAGACAAAAGAGCAAAAGCGCAAGGGAAUAAGUCAUUUGCUGAGGACUUUGAACCAAGACCAAACAUUUCUUCAUAUCCUGACGACAAAAUAGAGGAAGCACGAGGGAAGAAGUCAUUUGUUGAGGACUUCGAACCAAGACCAAACGUAUCAUCUUAUCCCGGAGACAAAAAAGAUAAAGUACAAGCAGAAAAUAAAUCGUUCUCCAAGGACUUUGAGCCAAGGCCCAAUGUUUCUGCCUAUCCUGGUGACCAAAAAGAUGAAGCACAAAGAAAGAAACAAUUUGUCGAAGGCUUUGAACCGCGACCAAAUGUGUCAGCCUAUCCCGAAGACAAAAAAGAUGGAGCACAAAAGAAUAAGAUGUUUUCUAAGGAAUUUGAACCACGUCCUGAUGUGACCGCCUAUCCUGGUGACAAAGAAGAAUCAAACGAGAAUAAGUCGACUUGGUUGGUUAAGAGCUUUGAGUCUAUAAAGGAUAUAUGA